AUGGCUAAGGAACAAGAUUCAAAAAGUGGAUUUAUAGCCAUGUAUGCGACUCUUGCGAGCCGAGAUGUGGACUGUAGUUUGAUUCCAGAAUCACCCUUUUACCUUGAGGGAUCAGGUGGAGUAUUGGAGUUCAUUGAGAAAAGACUGAGAGAACAAGGACAUAUGGUUAUAGUAAUAGCUGAAGGUGCAGGUCAGGAGCUAAUUCUUCAUAAUGACAAAUUUAAUAAGAAUAGGCCAGAUGCUGCUUCAGAUGACUUGUUUCAUGAUGUUGGUCUUUGGUUAUCUCUCAAAAUUAAGGAUCACUUUGCAAGAAAUAAGAAAAUGACUAUAUAUCUGAAUUAUAUUGAUCCUACUUACAUGAUUCCUGCUAUUAAUGUGUUUUGCACCUUACUUGCUCAAAGUGCCGUUCAUGGUGCAAUGGCUGGAUACACAGGCUUCACAGUUGGUCCAGUUAAUGGCAGAAAUUGCUACAUUCCAUUUCAUAGUAGGGAUCCCCAGAAAUUCUACAACCAUGGGCGAAAGAUUAAGUAUCCCGCGCAGCCUGACGAGCAGUAG